ACCAGGAAGUAGUUUGGGUUUGCUGCAGCUAGCAGCUCCGGACAGCGCAGAGCUGUGAGAGUGUGUGACAGCAAAGUUUGUCACGGGGACAUUUGUGAGUCCGGAGGCCUCGUGUGUGAAUCACACACAUGUGAGGGGACGUCGGGUUCAGCAGGAAACUCUGUCGCUGAGAGGAGACGAGGGAAAACUGUAAGAGGAGCUCGUUUUGAUGGUGUGCCAUGGAAAUGCCACUCACACCACUGUCUGAUAGGCCAUGAUAGGCUUGUCGAGUUAUGCAGGGGUUAUGGAAAGUCUAAUGAAUUGUGCUGAAGAGCAGCAACCCUCCUCUCCCCUGGCCAACUCAUUGUCCAAGAAGCAGGAAUCAAGCGAGCUUCAGACGCCAAAAGGUGUUGGUGGAUUUGUUUUAGUGCAUGCAGGAGCAGGAUACCACUCUGAAUCCAAAGCCAAGGAGUACAAGCAUGUGUGCAAAAGAGCAUGCCAGAGAGCUGUGGACCAGCUCAAAGCCGGGGCACUUGCAGUGGAAGCCGUGGCUGCAGCGCUGGUUGAACUUGAGGAUUCUCCUUUUACAAACGCGGGCAUGGGCUCCAACCUGAACUUGUCGGGGGAAAUUGAAUGUGAUGCAAGUAUCAUGGAUGGGAAGUCGCUACAUUAUGGAGCUGUAGGUGCUAUUAGUGGUAUUAAAAACCCAGUCUUAGUUGCAAACCGUCUCCUGACUGAAGCACAGAAAGGGAAACUAUCAGCUGGCAGAAUACCACCCUGCUUUUUAGUGGGGCGAGGCGCACACGACUGGGCAGUCAGCCACGGAAUACCACCAUGCCCCUCAGAGAAAAUGGCCACCAAGUUCAGUUUGUCUGCGUACAAGAGGAACAAGCGGAAGAUGGAGCUGGCAGAGAAAAUGGACACAGGACAGAAUCAGACAAAGAAACGACGACAAUCAAGUGGAAAUGCGAGUGCUGUGGAGAAUGGUUCUGGGUGUCUCGACACUGUGGGAGCUGUUGUGGUGGACCUGGAAGGGAAUGUAGCUGCAGCAGUGUCCAGUGGAGGCCUGGCAAUGAAACACCCUGGCAGGGUCGGACAGGCUGCUCAUUACGGAUGUGGCUGCUGGGCUGAAAAUGCCUGUAAUAUGAACCCUUACUCCACAGCAGUGAGUACCUCAGGUUGCGGAGAGCAUCUGAUUCGCACCAUGCUGGCACGGGAAUGCUCCGCUGCCAUGCAGUCUGAUGAUGCCCACCAAGCGCUGCUGGAGGCUAUGCAAAACAAGUUCAUCAGCUCCCCCUUUCUGGCCAGUGAAGACCGUGUUUUGGGCGGAGUGAUUGUCUUGCGGUGCUGCAGAUGUGCGGAAACCCAGCCAUCUCAAAAUAUUCAGGGUAUACUGGACACACAUAUCCAGAUUACCACCCGGGACUGUUCCUGGACAAUCUUUGGCCAUCGAGGGAGGUGUGUGCCGACUGAUGAGCGUAGUGGAGUGAGCCACAUCCGCCCUCCUGGGCUUCUUCAGCAAUACUCCAAAACAUACCCUUUACACACACACACACACACACACACACACACACACACACACACACACACACACACACACMCCACCCUCACCCCCACCGCCUUAGCUGUUUUAACUAGAGCAUGACCGAUACUGGAUAUUAAGACUGAUACAGAUGUUUUUGGGAGCAAAAAUAUUCUUAUAUCAACUAAAAUUCAUAUUCUGUACACACUGUUAUAGGUUGUUGGUCCAUUUGGAGAUGAUGUGUUUUUCUGUGUUAUUGUUUCUCUUCACCUGCCCAAAAAGUACAUAUGCUAUACACUGAAUAUAUACAGUAGGGCGAGUGUGCGUUCCUUGCUUGACAAAUGAACGCUUGUCUGAGUACUGCGAAGAGAGGAAGAGACAGAGAGAGCGAGCAACACUCCUCUUUUAUGUUACUAUGAGAAGUGUUCACAUUUUUCAGAUCACUAUUACUAAAUUUUCCCAAGCAUCUUUUUCCGCAUUAAGUUUUAUUUUAAAUAUCAGAUUCCCUUUAUGCCAGUAUAUCUGUGAGAGGCGGAUAUCAGCUAAUGAAAUCAGUUGACUUAUCGGUCGGGCUCUAGUUUUAACAGGUGUCCAGAAAGGAGGGAGGGGGGUUAGCUUCUAUUUAGUGCACUUACAGGACUUCCCUUUGCCACUGUCUGCCUCCAGCAUGUACUCUAUGCCAACUUACUCCCAGGCUCUUCAGUGUCACCUGGAUGAGACUUGAUGCACCAUUUCUUUCUUUGUUACUCUUUUCCAACUAAAAGCGACGUCCUUCCUUUUGUAUAUAAGCUACGAUGAUUUAGGAAAACAGGGUGGAUGUUCAUUUUAUUUUGUAUCGCUGAGCAGAUGUGACUAUUUUCAAAAGAAAGAUUGUAUUUUGUUCUCAAAAUACUUUUCAUGGUUAAAAAGGCGGCAGGUGGUGGAAUGCCUGCGACGCAAAACAGUUGUUAUGAAUGAAGCAUUUGUAGCUGCGACAGUUAACCAAUGACGAUAACAGCAUUUUUACAAUGUUAACAUGUACAGACCAGCUUCCAUGUACUCGUGAAGGCAUAUUGUUAUUAAUCCUGCAGCUUUACUCCAUACUGUAGCAUAAUGUGCAUCUUAGAUCAUGAUGAGUUUUAUAACAUUUUCAGCCGUUGAAUGCUUUGCUUUGAUUGUUUUAAAAUGUGAAUGCAGAAGUAUAGCAUGUAUGGAUUCUACAGUACGCAACUGAGGCAGAUGAAGA